AUGCGCCAACCGGAUGACACGGAAGCGGAGGCCGCGUUUAUGGGAACCUUGCUUCUUCUUCGCACAAUCGGUCAAAGCUUCAACGUUACUAGCCCGCCACUGCUAGCGUGGCUAGUGGCAGGCUACUCUCUCACCGUGGGAACCUUCAUCUUGUUUUCCGGACGGCUAGGCGAUGUGUUCGGAUACAAGAGGAUGUUUAUUAUGGGCCUCAGCUGGUUCUCUCUCUGGUCCCUCGUCGCCGGGCUGAGUGUCUAUUCAAACUAUAAACUUGCCGUCGUGUCUCGCGUCCUGCAGGGCAUCGGACCAGCUAUAUGCCUCCCGAACGCCUUGGCCAUCCUUGGAAUUACUUAUCCACCUGGCCACCGCAAGGCGAUGAUUUUCGCCCUCUUCGGCUCGGGGGCGCCUGUCGGUUCUGUAUUUGGCGGCGCGCUCGCCUCGCUACUGACAUUGACUUGGUGGCCAUGGGCGCUCUGGGCGAUGUCCAUUUGGCUAGCCCUUCUGGCUGUAGCGGCUGGCUACGUCAUCCCAAACCUGCCGCGAAAGACUGUCCAUGCCUCAGACUGGAAGUCCUGGGUUCGGAUUUUAGACUUGCCUGGGGCUUUUAUCGGCAUCUCUUCUUUGGUCCUUUUCAACUUUGCCUGGACACAGUCUCCUAUUGACGGCUGGGCAACGCCAACCGUUCUGGUUCCCCUGGUCUUAGGUGUUCUGCUUUUUGGAUUAUUUGCCUUGAUAGAGCUUAGGCUCAGCCCGAUGCCUCUGCUACCACUCGACGCUGUGAAUGCCGACGUCGCUUUUGUCCUGGCAGCGGUUGUGUGUGGAUGGGCUAGCUUUGGAAUCUGGAUUCUUUAUCUAGUCCAGAUACUCCAAACUAUCCGAAAUCUAUCACCUUUGCUAACAAUGGCCUGGCUUUCCCCAUCGGCUAUCGCAGGUGCAGUCGCUGCGGUCGUUACUGGGAAAUUGCUAGGGCCCUUCAAAGUCAAGCCGGCUGUUCUCAUGACGAUGGCCCCGGCUGCUUUCACCGCCGGUUCUAUCCUGACUGGUUUGGCUCCCACUGAUCAAGUGUACUGGGGACAAAUCUUCGUUUCAAUGCUCAUUAUGCCGUUCGGCAUGGACAUGACCUUCCCUGCUGCCACCCUAAUCAUGUCUGACUCUAUGGCCAAGGAACACCAGGGUAUUGGUGCCAGCCUGGUCAAUACGGUCGUCAACUAUGGGAUCGCACUUGGUGUGGCAUUCGCCGGUACAGUCGAGGUUCAUACUCAUGGUGAUGGCGAAAGCUCAGAGGAUAUACUUCGGGGUUAUAGGGGUGCUCUCUACAAUGGGGAUGGGACUCGCGGGUUUAGGAUUAGGCGUGUGCUUCGCGUUCAUGGCGAAAGGAGGGCCAGCGUCUCAGAGGCGAUAAGUGUACCAAAGAAACGGCCAGACGGCCCCAGAGGUCGGCGUAUGAAUUCGAAUGAGAGAGCAUAG